GACUGGCCAGUAUCCGCUCAGUUUAGCCGUCCUUUGCGCGGUUAUGCGCGUGUGUUUCUGCAGGCAUGUCCACAACCGAGAAAGCACUGAAAAUCUUGCGGUACCUGCCUCGGGUCAACAUUGGUAAUCUUCGGGACACGCCUGGCAGCAACUAUGUAACCAAGAGCAUGCUGCCGGCUGGGCCGAGGCUUCGCGCGAUGUGGAAGAAAGACGGUGCCAAGCACCACAUGCGUUGGGCCCGUCUCGGUUAUGAAGGAGGCCAAACGCCGUUUUAUCUGAAGAUCCCAAUGGAAAACUACAACGAGAAGCACUUCCUUCGUCGUCAGUACCCUCCCUUGUCUCUGAAGCAGCUGCAGCUGUUGAUCGAUCUCGGACGCGUUGACGUUACCCGACCCAUAGACUUGGCUGCCCUGUGCAACACGAAGACUUAUUUCUUGGACCCCCGAGACCGCCAUUUCGGCGUUCACCUUACUGCCGAAGGCAUGGAUGAUUUCAAAGCCAAAAUAAACAUUGAGGUUCAGCAUGCCAGAGAGCCUGUGAUUGCUGCCAUUGAGCGGAAUGGGGGCACCAUCACCACUGCCUACUUCGACAUAGAAAGCGUCACAGCCCUCAUGAAUCCUGAGAAGUUCUUCAAGCAGGGUCUCCCCAUCCCAAAACGUAAACUGCCGCCAGAGGAUGCUAUUCGGUAUUACAGCGACCCAGCAUUUCGUGGCUACCUGGCUGAUCCGCAAGAGAUAUCCAAGCACCGUUUUAUUUUGGCACAGAAGUAUGGCUACGAACUGCCAGAUUUGGAAAAAGAUCCCAGCUACGAGAUGUUGAAAGAACGGAAGGAUCCACGUCAGGUUUUCUAUGGACUUCAACCGGGCUGGGUUGUGAACUUGAAAGAUAGGGUCAUUCUAAGGCCAACCGACCCAGAGUACAAAGAAUACUACAAUAUCUGAGCAGUUGUAUUGGGGAUUUCUAAAUGUUGCCCAUCGCGAAACUCUCUGAAGUCUCUGUGUUAUAGGUGAUAUAUUCAUUGUCACAUUCAUAUAAAGUUAUUGUAGCAGUUUGUCUGCGUGACAUGCCCUUUAUUUGUUUUGUUAAUUGUAAAAGAAUCUAAAAAAAUGUGUGGCAGCAUCUCUAGGCCUGCCAUUGUCCGGAUCUGUGAGUUUAAAUGACAUUGCAGCUCUCUACCUGAAUCUGCUUGUUUCGUAGUUAAGAUCAUUAUUUUAUGUGGUUUCUUCUGCGAGGCCACUGUUAGUAAUGCUCUGAAACAGUUGCUAAUGUCAAGUCCAGUAGUUAUAAUAAAGUAGCUUGUGCUAUUUUGUUUCAUUUCCAUGAUUUGCUCACAGAAGAAAUCGCAGUUCAUAUGGCAGUCAGCCAGUUUAGAAUGCAUUACUUUACUAGCCCCAUUAACAAGGUACUCGUAGCUUUUAUCGUCUUGCCUCUGAUAGCUGCUUUCAUCAUGUGGCAUUUACUGCAUUCGAUUGCAACCUACUGUACUAAUAACUUCUUUAUCAUGCAUUUUAAUUUGUAGUUUGUAUUGUUUACCUAACUUUUUCAUGACAGCUUUUAGUUUUUGUGCUUCUUUAGACGACUGAACACUGUAAAAACCAGUGUACUGCCAAUACAGUGGCAUAGGCAGAACAAAACGUUGACAACCACUACUUCAGAGAAGAAAUCUUGAGAGUGGUUAUAGUCAGUGUUGUACGUACGCAUUACAAGUAAUCGAUUACAUUUCUUGUAACUUUCUAAUGUAGUCGAUCAUCUUUCAAAACUUUAACAUUCUGAUCAGUCAGGGGUGCAAUAGCUGCGCCAAUUGUGCCGAUUUGAUGCAAUUCCCUAUUUUUGCGCCGAGCUGCUCCAAAGCCAUGAAAUUUAUCGUAAUUACGCCGCGCUGCACCAAAAUGCAUGACCAGCCUCAAAAUAUUCUCAAGUGCACUAAUUUCAGUAAUAAAUGCAGUCCACAUUCCACCUGUA